GUCAAUCGGAAUUAACUAUUUAGAGCUGUUGUAACUUAUUCAUUAUCGCUUAAUCCGAGUUCGAUUGCUCAACUUUAAACCUAACGAGAAUCAAUGAUAACACGCGAAGUUCCGAGGCGAGAAGGAAUUCAAAUUUCUAGUAAAAAAAACAAUUCUACGAUGUCGACCGUUCCUCUUUUAGCGGAUUACCGAGCUCGGCAAGCUGGCGAUAACAAUAACCAAAAUGUAUCACGCAAACCAGCCAAAAUGCGACCAUCCAAAACAACGAUAAUAAUUUUGUACGUAGUCGGGGCGCUUUUACUAAUCGGAGGCAUCGCAGUUGGAUUGUCUUGGAUGAGGAUAUUCAAUCAUAUACUCCUGAAGGAAUUAAUUUUAACGCCAACGUCGACAAGUUAUGAUAUGUGGAAAGAGACACCGAUCCCUAUGUACUUGAAACUGCACCUUUACAAUUGGACCAAUACUCAAGAGUUCACUAAUAAUGCUACCACAAAGCCUCAUUUCGUGGAAAUGGGCCCUUAUGUUUUCAGAGAACAACAUAUAAAAGUGAACCAGACUUGGAAUGAUAAUGGGACAAUAACAUUUCAACAGCGGAGGAUAUGGCAUUUCGAUGAAUCCAUGUCAAAUGGAAGUCUUGAUGACCAAAUAACAAAUUUAAAUGUCAUUGGUGUGACAGUCGGUCACACCGUACGAGAUGAGAUUCUUGCUGUACGACUUGCAGUGAAUGUUAUGUUGGGAAGAUUUUCAGAGAGGUUAUUUGUCACCAAGACUGCAAGAGAACUUCUGUUCGAUGGGUAUUCCAGCGAAUUUCUUGACUUUGUUCACAGUUUGGAUAUCCCUGGUGUCAAUAUUCCUUUCGAAAAAUUUGGAUGGUUCUAUGGGCGUAAUCUUUCAGACACGUACGAUGGCGUGUUUAACAUGCAUACUGGCGUGGAAAACGUGUACAAUCUAGGGGUAUUAGAAAAUUGGAAUUAUAGGAACAAAACUGAUUUUUGGAGUGGAGAAUGCAGCUCCAUAAGGGGGACGACUGGGGAACUAUGGCCACCGGUCGACCGUGACGAAAGCAUAGAGAUAUUCGCCCCAGACAUUUGCACAUCACUGGUAUUGUCGCGUGCCAAUAAUACCGAAAUGUUAAACGUCGAAGGGCACAAAUACAUCACUGACAGAGCUACGUUCGAUAAUGGUACUACCGUCCCAUCUAGAGCCUGUUAUUGCAUAAAAGAACCGUGCCAGCCAAGCGGGAUGCUGGAUGUAUCAGAGUGCAGAUUUGGCGCACCCGCUUACGUUAGCUUGCCACAUUUUUAUCAGGCGGAUGAUUACUAUAUUAAUGCUGUAACCGGAUUGGAGCCCGGAGAAGGAAAAUACAACUUCGAAAUGGUUCUAGAACCAACCACAGGAAUUCCACUGAAUGUCAAAGCGCAGAUGCAGAUUAAUAUUUUAGUCGAACCAGUAAAUGGAAUACAAUUGCUCACUGGGAUCCCAGCAGAAACGUAUAUUCCCAUGCUGUGGUUUAGCCAAGAAGCUCAGUUAUCAGAGGAGCUGGCAAGCCAAAUGGAAACGCUGCUCAUGCUUCCUAUGUUGGGGCACGUGGGGUUCACUGUUAUAGGUGCUAUUGGACUCGUGCUAAUUGUCAUUGGUAUUAGCUUAUGUGUCUGCCGAAGAUGUCGAAGCGAAGACAAUCAGUCAUUAAUAGAUUCCGAGGAUUCCAACAAUCCUUCAAAGUCUGAUCCAGUGCGAAUGUAAUGUUACAAGUUUUUUACAACACAUUAAACAUAUUUGAGUUUUAAUUGAUUAAUGCAUUAUGUUAGGCAGCUUUGUGGUAAUUAUACACACGAAGAGUAACUAAUAAUACUGCCAAACGAUGCAAUUUGAACAUCUACUUAUGGCAAUGAUGAGUUUUUAGUUAUUAGAAAAAUUUGAAUAUGCUUUAAGCAGUCAAUUUCAUCCAGAUAUUUGGAUGACAUAAUGAUAUUUUUAUCUAUUCGAGGCAAAAAUAACAAUUGAUAAUUGUAAGUAUAGAUCAGUUGAUUACAUAUUUGUGAAUACUCUUCUCGAUAGCAUUAUGUAAUGUAUCUCAUGUGAUAGACAAGUGCCUAAGACGUAAACAGUGUACCUACUAUAGGCGUCUGUCGUUCAAAACGAUAUGUUUGACCAGAAUGAGUACUCACUCUGGUUCAAUUUAGUAUGUACUUUAAAAAGAUUUGUCUUAGAUGUGACAACCUGUGAUUAGGUAUUACAAUAAUUCGUCAAUUCUACUUCCGGUCGGAUAAGAUUCUUACGUUGACUUAUGUAUAUAAUUUUUAUCAUUUAAAAAUAGAGUCCGCCGAUUUCCUUACGUAUUGCCCAUUGCCCAAAUACAGUUACUAUUGUUGUACUGUCAUCAUUGAAGUUUACAAAAGAUACGGAUGAUUUCUUUUUAAUGGUGUCGAAAGUUUGUAUGGAUUUUGUAUAGUAACGGGCUUUGCCACAUUAUAUUAGAUUACAAUAAAUAGCCAGUACUUGUUAUUGCUUACUUGUAUUUAAUUCCAACUGUUCAAUACUCUGUGGGGAUUACAAAAGAAGAAAAUACCCCAAAAGAGGAGAAAAUCAAGAAAGUCAAAAGACAUUCCCACAACUUUGGAUGUGGAAUUAAGAGAGUAGGCCAUUCGCAGAUAUGUUAAAUACUUUUGAUUGUGAUAAAAUACAUUUGAAAU